ACAGCUGGCAAAAAAAACCGAAAUAAAAUAAAAUUCCUCUCAAAGGCCAAGAUGUUAUCCUUAAAUAAACAACUGGAGGCAAUGAAGACACAAGCAGGGGUUGCUCUGCCUCCAGAAGUCCAGGCAGAGGAGCUCUCCAAGAAGGAAAAAUCAGCUAUUGAAAAAGAAAUUAAAAAAAUAAAACGUCGCACAAAGGCAGAGAUGUUACCCUUAAAUAAACAACUGGAGGCAAUGAAGACACAAGCAGGGGCUGCUCUGCCUCCAGAAGUCCAGGCAGAGGAGCUCUCCAAGCAUGAUAAAAGCUCAACAGAAGAAGAGAUGAAAGUGGAAAAAUUAAGACAUGAACUCCACGAGAAGGAGAAACUAAUUGGCAGUUUUCAAGCCCAGCUGGACCAGGCACAGUCAGAACAAGCCUCACAGGAAGACAUAAGAGCUGUCGAGAAAAAAAUUAAUAAAAUAAAAUUCCUCUCAAAGGCCAAGAUGUUAUCCUUAAAUAAACAAUUGGAGGCAAUGAAGACACAAGCAGAGGCUGCUCUGCCUCCAGAAGUCCAGGCAGAGGAGCUCUCCAAGCAUGAUAAAAGCUCAACAGAAGAAGAGAUGAAAGUGGAAAAAUUAAGACAUGAACUCCACGAGAAGGAGAAACUAAUUGGCAGUUUUCAAGCCCAGCUGGACCAGGCACAGUCAGAACAAGCCUCACAGGUUCUUUCACAGCAGCUACAGCUGCUGGAGGCUGAACAUAAUACUCUAAAGAAUACUGUGGAAACAGAAAGACAGCAGUGUAAGAAAUUAAUGGAAAAAGUAGAACUUGUAGUGGCAGAGAAAACAUUAUCCUUCCAGAACCUGCAGGAAGAGAUGUAUCAACUUCGGAGACAGUUGGAGCAAGCAGGCCAAGCCCGGGCUGACCUGGAGACUCAGUACAAUGCUCUCCAGCAAACACAUAAGACAGAAGUGGAGGAGAAGACAGCUCGCAUUUUGAUUCUUCAGAAGAAUGAGCAAGAACUGCAGUCUGCCUGUGAUGCUCUAAAGGAGGAAAACUCAAAGCUGCUUCUGGAGAAGCAUGAACAGGCUGCGGAGUCAGCCCAGGCUGUGCAGCACCUGGAAGAUCAACUCCAGCAAAAAUCAAAAGAAAUUAGCAAGUUUGUAAAUAAACCAAACUUGCAAAAACAUGAAACAGCAUCUCAGACUUGUUUACCAGAUGUUUAUAAUGAGGGCAACCAGGCAGUGAUGGAGAAGACUGUCGCCUCUUUACAGAAGAGAGUGGUAGAGCUAGAGAAUGAGAAGGGAGCCUUGCUCCUUAGCAUGGUAGAACUGGAGGAGCUGCAAGCUGAGAACGAAAAGCUCUCCUCUCGGAUUAUUCUUCUGGAGGCUCAGAAUAGAACAGGGGAGGCUGAUGGUGCAGUCUGUGAGCUGAAGGAACUGAAGAAUCUGCAACAGCAGUACUUACAGAUGAACCAAGAGGUGACUGAGAUCCAUCCGCUGAAGGCUCAGCUCCAGGAGUCUCAAGAUCAGAUAAAGGCACUGCAGGAGAUGGAGGAGCAGCUCAGGCAGGAAAACCUCUCCUGGCAGCACGAGCUGCACCAGCUCAGAAUGGAGAAGAAUUCCUGGGAGCUGCAUGAGAAGAGGAUGAAGGAACAGUACCUUAUGGCCAUCUCGGAUAAAGACCAGCAGCUUGGUCAUCUGCAGAGUCUCCUGAGGGAGCUCAGGUCUUCCUCCCAGACACAGAUUCUCCCUGCACAUGACCAACGACAGGCAUCCCAAGAGACAACGGCUUUCCUCAAUGGGUCCCAAAGCCUUGCUUAUGAGACAGAACUUCUCAGGACCCAGCUCAAUGACAGCUUAAAGGAAAUUCAUCAAAAGGAGCUGAGAAUCCCGCAGCUGAACAGCAAGUUCUCUCAGCUGCUGGAGAAGAACAUCCUCUCCGCCCAGCUCAGCGAUGCCAGCCAGAGCCUCCGAGAGCACCAGCACCACUACAGUAACCUCUCCAACCACUGUGCCAUCCUGGAGGAGCAGGAGCAGAAGCUGCAGGCGGGGAGGCUAAAUGGAGAUGCUGCUCCAGGAGCACCCCAGAAAAAUGAUGAAAUUAACAGAAGGAGUGAACCUGAGACCACAGGGGAGGUGCAGCCAAGCUUUUCUGAAGCCCAGCAGCAGCUGUGCACCAGUAAACAAGAGCUGAGCGAGUUACAGAAGCUGCUGGAAGAAGAGCGAGACGGAAGGCUGACUGCUGAGAACGCACUCUCCCUGGCCAAGGAGCAGAUCCAAAAGUUGGAACUUAGCGAAUGGGAUUCGGCCCGGACUCACAUCAUUGGUGCCUGUGGCUCUCAGGAGCAGGUGCUGUUGAUGGAUCUCCCAGGCAGCAGCUGUCGAAGGACCCGGAGCAGUGCGGGAUGGAAGCGGGUCCUGCGUUCACUCUGCCACUCCCGGACCCGAGUGCCACUGCUUGCAGCCGUCUACUUCCUAAUGAUUCAUGUUUUACUGGUUCUGUGUUUUACAGGCCACCUAUAAACUUGUUACUUGGUCACAACUCUUGAACUUGUAGUUCCUUCAUCUCUAGUGUCAGGAUUGUCGAUUCCACAGCAGCCUUCUCACUUUCAGCCUAUCCUCCUCCUCUUAGAAAGUGCCUGUGAAAACAGAGGUGGCUGUGAGGACAGGCGGGCCUAAAGGCCUGCAGCAUCCGCUCUCCUUAAACACGUGUGCUGGGUCUGAGCAGCUUCCCAGAUGUGCUGUGCUCACACGUGCGUCUUCAGAUGUUGCAGAUCCACAUCCUCUAUGGUGGUGGUAGGUGCUGAGAGGCCUUGCAGCGAUGCCAACAAGAGGGUCCAAAUAAACGCAGUAAUCUGGAAUUCAGUAUCACUUUCCUUGGUAACCUGCUUUGCCUCGUUGCCUGUAUUUUCUGCUGCCUCAGGAGGAAUGCAGAGUCGUGGGCAGUGAACGCAUUGUCCCAUAGGACAUGUGAGCAGUCUGUGGAGACUCAGGUGGGAGCUGGAAGGCUCCCAGGCUCCAGCUGUUGGAUCUCAGGGAGGAAGGCAUUUUCUUCCUGCCUGUUCCAUCGCCAGCAGAGGGAGGGUUUGUUGCUGUGGAUUGUCAGGACUAGACCCCAUCGCUUAUGCCUUCUGUCACAUGUAGACUAAGGUAUUAACUGGCCAGUGCCUUCCCUUGCACCAGAAGGUAGGAAGAACUGGUGAUGGACAGCAAGGUUCAAAUUCUAUAGUCCUAUUUUCUGGAUGUGCCUCCAUAGAGAUUUUAAGACGGUGUCGGAAGGCCAGUGGGGCCAUGCCAAGGUGAACUGUUAUCAGGUCUGAGUUACCACAUCACAACUAGCCUCAAGAGCUAUGAAGCUACUGCACUGCUGUGCUUGGUUAUUCUGUCUCCAGUGCCAUUGUCACCCACCUCUGGGAACAGGGCUGAGGCAGUGGAGAGAGAAGGUGAGGCUCCUGAAUCCAGUCCUGAGAGCGGUGGCGAGGAAUGGAUGGAUCCCACUGUGUCAGUCCUCCCCUUUACGGACAUGAUGUGCUCCCUUCCUGGUCUCACCCCCUCAAGAAGAGAAAACUGCUGGGCUCACUGAUCAGCCCUUUGUUCUGUGGUGAUUAAAUUUUAGUCACAACAUCCCAAAAACUGUCCUCAACUACUGUAAAAUAAUAAAGUUAUUUUCAGAAUAA